UGCAUUGAAUUGACAGAUCGUAUUAAUGCCAGCGACAACUCAGAAAUGAAAGAGAUGCAACAUGCAUUUGAUCAUUUUAGCUGAGCAUGCAUCUGUCUUCUCAUGUCUUGUCGCUGUGUGUCCUCUCUCUCAUGUCACUCAUUCCUGAGCGAUGAGGCCAGUCAGCGUGUCGGAGAGUGUCUUGGCGAUGGCCUCCGUCUGCUGGGUGACUGCCUGGAGUGGUGUGGCAAGCUCUUUGGCAUGGUCCUCGCCAUACACAGCCACACCUUCAUCGUACAGCGCUUGCUGCUGCACACACAGACAGACAGCGAGAGGGAGAGAGACAGGGAUGAGUUUGUGAAGGUCUGUGUGUCUGAUGUUCGCCACCAUUUGGUGGAGUGCGUAUGCGACACACGCGCCCACGAGCGCCAGAAACAGCACAAUCAGCAAAAUGUCCAUCGUGUGGGACGAACCUGACAGUCACAUCGUGUCAUGCACACACACGUCUGUCUAUGUGUGUGUGUGUUUCAUGAGAUACCGCCGGGUGCGUGGUGUUUGGUCGGCAGGCGGUGUUCGAUCAGCUCAAUCGCCUCAAGCAGUCCAUCCUUGAGAUUGUCGCCAUUCAGCUGACACACACACACACACACACACACACAUGGAUGGAUGGAUGGAUGAGUGUCUUCAGCUGACACACGUGAAUGGCUCGUUCGAUGUCUCGUUCGAUGGUGAACUUGGCGGCCUCGUUGAUGUAAGGCUCCAGCCCCUCACGCCAACGCACUACUGCACACACGAUGGACACACACAUCCACACACACGGUCAUUGGUUGUGUGUCCAUCCAUCCAUCCAUCCAUCCAAUCGUCUGUGUGUGUGUGUGUCGACUCGCCGGCCAUGUGGUCCUGGACUGAGUACAGCAACAGAAUGCCGUCGUGACACUGACACACACAUAAUCCGUGUGUGUGUCUGCGUGAGUCCGUCGAGUGGGAACGAGCCGACCUGUUUGUGUCCGAUUCCGUAAGUGACGAGCAGUUUCUCUGCGAACGAGUUGGCGUAAGUGUUGAGUUCCGUUCGUUCGUCGUGCUUGGCCCUCUUCUUGUCCUUGGCGAGUGAGUAGGGCAGCUUGGCCAUGAGUGCGAUGGCCAGUUGGUAGAAGGUCUUGCCGAGGCUUCCACAGGCGUGCUGCGUCUCCUGUCUGAACUUGAGCAGUCGCGUGUCGACGUCGUUGGCCUCGUCGUCGGUGAGCCAUCCGUCGGGGUCGCACAGCCAGGUGGUCUCGCCCGCCUCGGCCGCCUCGCCGCGGUUGCAGCUCGUGGGGUCCAGGAACGGACUCGGGUAAGUCGACAGGGACCACUCCCUGCAAGCCAAGCACCGUAUCGCACACUCACACACACAAAACAGACAGACAAGGCGUGAUGUGGGGAUGAGUGAAUGAGUGAAUGAAUCAGCGUGUCGUGUUUGGUGCUUCACUCACAUGGUCGCAUUCCUGUACAUUUGCAAAGCAAACACACGGACAACGAGACGCUCAAUGACUGUGUGUGUCUCCUCUGAUGUCUGCUCGCUCACUUCUUCUGAGUCGGUCCGCCGCUCUUGACGCCAGUCGGGUCGGCGUGUGAGAGAGGGCGGAAGGAAAACCGCACAGACUGGCUGUGGGUGUCUGCCGAUGGCUGCACGUCGGUGAAGAAUGCCUCGUCCAGCUGAUAGGUCUGCUGGGCUGAAGCACCCCAGACGAGCAGGGCACAAACACUCACAAUGACCAGCUUCAUGGUCAU